AUGGGAGUUUUUGGUAACGUCCAAGAAGGAUCCAGGAACUUUGAAAUGGAGAAUGAAGUGAUAAAUACGGAGAUGCUCAACGAUUUUAUUUUCUAUACGUUGAACUCAGAAGUUAGUAGCAGCAGCCGAGCUAGCAGCAGUUAUAAUGCGGAUUUUACGCCAGGGCAACCAGGAAAUGAUAAAGUAGAUGAGAAUGAAAUGCAGGCUAGCGAUGAAGAGUUGUUUAAUGCUUUUAUUAACACAGAUGCUAUUUCACAAAACAAUGUGCGUGAUGGGUUUCUACGGGAGAAGAAACAUGGAGUUAGUAAGCAGGAUUUGUUUGGAGAUAACGUUGUUGGUGAACAGAAUUCUUAUCUAGACGGUGAGCCAAUGCUACGAACUCGUAAUAGCCAGAAUUCGCUGCAAGCAGCAGUUACGAAUAGGCCAUCUUUACCUUUGAAUGGAAGUUCGCAGGAUCUCUCAUACUACGAAAAAUGCGAAAAACUUCUCAAUCAACAAUUUAUGUUUGGAAGGACAGAGCCGUUACUUACAGCCUACCUGAAUCCCGCUGAAUUUUUGUCUGUGGAUGCAGCUCAAUUGCCUUACAAAUUGACGGUGUCUGAUAUGCCUGCGCGGUCACGUGUUGAGACUCAGAUAAAACUUCAGCUUACAGUCUCCCCCCCACCGCCACAGUAUCUUGUGCAUUUACCUAGUGAUUGUAUCACGAAACAGAAAUUGUACUUGAGCGGCGAUGCCAACUCUCUUCCAAAGGAAAUCAAGAAAGACCUGUUAUUUCUUGAAGCGUUCUUGAUUUGCACAUCUAACAAUAGGGCUACCCAUGUUUGUACGCGUUGUGUUAAAAGGGAACAAAGGAGGGCUGCGAGAAGAAAGUCGGGUUUAAGUGACAACCUAAUAUGGUGCAACAAUCAGAACCGCAGGGCUGUUGUUUUUAACAGCAAGCAGGUGUUUUUGAUUAAACAGGAGGAUUGUACGCCAGCUUCGAAAUCUUUUUCUCUUUCAACAAGAAUCGUUUGCUAUUGUAGGCAUCACAAGGAACCAGAGGGGUUUAAACUGCUUUUCAUUUUACGUGAUGCCAAGGGGGAGAUCUUGGGUAAAGACGUGACUUCGCCUAUUAUGAUUAUGGACAAAAAAUCCACUAAAUGUGGCAGCAGGGAUGGACUAAAGGAGGGGGAAUCCAACUCCGCUACUGAUCUCUCUUCCUUGGCAAAUAAAACAGCUGGUGAAAGCAGCACGGCGCCUACAAGUGACCUCAGUGGCGCCGAAAGUUCCAAUCAAGCAAAGACGAACUUACUACAAUCCGAUGUUAUUCUUAUGAAUGGAGGUAAUAUGAUGUUUUCUCCAAAUUCUAUUGCUGAUGAUAGUUCAGAAGCCGCACCUGUUAACGACUAUGUUAGUCAAUCAACUCAUCCUUCACAACAAGCCCAUCAUUUGCCAUUGGCGACAUCUUCCGCGGCUGCUCAAAGAGUAAAUGGUUAUAAAAGAAAGAGAGUCUGGCCAGAUGUGGCUUUUCCGAUUUCAGAAAACCCAUCUCCUCCAAGAGUACCUAGUGAUAGGUCCUUUUCAAGUGUGAGCCAGGUUCCUUCUACAACACAUUUGGAUCAUCUGCCUCAGUUGCAGCAAAAUUCUGCGAUCGCUAGUCUUUUCACUCCCAAGCUAGACAGGCCUUUCAUUCAGCGUGUUAUUCCAAAUCAAGGUCCUGUAAAGGGCGGAAUUGAAGUUACUUUGCUAGGGUCGAACUUCAGUCCUGAUGAUAUUGUUAAGUUUGGUGAAAAUAGAGCCCUUUCUACCCAAUGUUGGUGUAGCACAACAAUAGUAACAUAUUUACCUCCUGCAGCUACGGUAGGUAAAGUAUUGGUCAACGUUUUUGCUGCUGAUGACACAGAACAGGACAUGGUUGAUGCUGUGGCUAAGAGUACAUCAUUUUUUACAUACGUGGAUGACACUGAUAGACAGUUGAUUGAACUUGCCUUACAAAUUGUUGGUUUGAAAAUGAAUGGGAAACUAGAGGAUGCUAGAAAUAUUGCUAAACGUAUUGUGGGAAGCGACAGUUCUCCAAAAGAUUCAUCGGGCAAUAUUACACCAGGCAGUAUGAGUGGUCAACAGCAAUAUGGGAAUCAGUUAUAUUAUUCGGACGAGGCAUUGUUAAUUAAAGUAAUUAAGCUAUUGAAUCCCGGAUCGAAUCUAUCUAUGUGUACACCAGAAGGUCAUACUAUGUUGCACUUGGCCUCUUUGAAGGGUUAUUAUCAAUUAGUUGGUAUACUUGUCAAAAAAGGUGCUAGAAUUGAAGCCGAAGAUCGCUUUGGGCUCACGCCGCUACAUUUUGCUUGUACUAAUGGAGAUAUUAAGACUAUUGAACUUUUAAUUCAGUGCAAAGCCUCGAUUACUGCAAAGGCAUACAACGGGCUCACCCCUAAGGAUAUGUUUGUAACCAAUCACGCGACGGAUGAUAAAAGAUAUAAGCUGUAUUUUGAUGAUAUUAUUGCCCUGCUUUCGGGCGUUGAGAAGGGUUCUGGAAACAAUAGCGAUGUUUUAGAUGGGAGGAGACUAUUGAAUUCCAGCUCCAAUUGGAAUUCUCAAGAUGACGUUUCAAUCACAUCUACAGACGAUGAAUACCACCAGCAUGGUUCCGAACACGUCUACGAAUCCAUGCCUGAGAGCUCAGAGGUAGAGUCCAGCAAUUAUGAAGAAGAUGGCGACGAAAGUUUGCUCCAUAACGAUGAGAACUUUGAUGAUAAUGAUUUUAACCAGGAGCAUACAUCAACUGGUCAUAUGGCAGGCCGUGGUGUCCCAGUAGUCUCUUAUAGUACAGAUAACGGAACUCCAAAGGUUCGUCCUCUAAAACAGGUCGAAAACGUCGAGCAGGCCAUGCAGCGUCCCGCUGGUGGUCAGGAGGGAUCACUGUGGAACAGAAUGAUGAAUGCUUUCAACGAUACCCCUCCAAAGUACGAGGAUUUGUUUCCGUCAUCAGAUAAACAUGAUGCGGAUUCGAAAUUGAAGGCCACAGAAUCUGUAGAUAGUAUGGUAACAACGGUAAGCCCCGCUGCUCCUGUAUCGGCAGAAGACUCCCAAUCCUCAUCUGAAGACGAGGACGAGGCACUACAGGCUCGCUUGAAUAGAUUCUUCCAACAGCGCAAAAACUUUCAAAAUGACAAAAUGCUUCUCUUAUUUUGGUUGCCUUUAAUGAUUUUCCUAGUGGCCUCUUUCAUAAUUGCCAGGUUUGGUCAAGAAGGAAAUAGUGUACGCCAUAUUUCCAAACAGGCUACUGAAUAUGUUAUGAUGGGGCUAAUGAAGUUUAUGGUGGGUAAUCAACGAAUGAAGACAUUAUUUAAAGAAUCAUUCAACAACUUUCAAUGCAGGAAGGUUUUAAAAGAGGUAGCAGCCAUAUAG